AUUGCUAUAUGUAGAAGUUUGUAUAUAUUUGAAUGAAACUAGUAGUAAUAAUAAUGAAAGAAAUGGAAGUGGGGGUGAUAAUAGCAAUGAAAGGGCAUCCAGGGAGUGGGAAAAGCACGUUAGCAAAAUCAAUAGCUUCUAAACUCAAAAUCCCUUUAAUCGACAAAGACGAUAUUAAAGACUGUACUCAAACCCUUCUUUUAACCUCACCCGCUUCUCUUCUCAACGACCUAUCAUACGACGCCAUCUGGCAGAUUGCAUCAACUCAACUUAGCCUCGGCCUCAGCGUCGUUCUUGAUUCUCCUCUUUCUCGUAGGGCCCACCUCGACCGUCUCCGCGAACUCGCCGCCUUGUUUUCCGCUCGACUUCUUAUUAUUGAGUGUAGGCCUGCUGAUUGUGAUUUAUGGCGCCGGAGAGUGGAGGAACGCGCUGGCGGAGGACGAGGACAUAAGCCGGCGACGUGGGAGGAUAUGGAGAAGCUUCUAGAAGGGUAUGAGGGUUGUACUGAGUAUGAAGUGGGUGACGUGGCUAGGUUGGUGGUGGAUACAACCGCGCCGGUUCCUUUAGAUCGGUUGUGUUCUGAUGCUUUGGAGUUUAUCUUCUCUCAUGCUGGGAAGUCCCUUGAGAUUUAGCCACGUGUUAACAAUAGUAUAGUAAUACCCUUCUUUUAGUUUGUAAUUGUAAUGUUUUA